AUGAUGAACUUGAUUUGCAGAAGCUCUCUUACAUCAAAAUUCAGCAAACUAUGGGCCACACUCGAAGGCGGGCCCGACAAUCUCGGGUCGACAUUUUUCGAGCCAACAUCCGUACCCGAUGGCUUCCAUUUGCUCGGCUGCUACAGCCAGCCCAACAGCAAGCCGCUCUCCGGUUGGGUUCUUGUCGGAAAAGACACGACCAACGACCCCUCGGGCGGCUCUCUGAAGCCACCAAUCGACUACAUUCUCAUCUGGACAAGUGAAAAUCUGAAAAUAAAGCAAGAAAGAAGCAGAUACAUUUGGCUCCCAACUCCUCCGGAUGGAUACAAGGCAGUCGGGCUCGUCAUCACGGACUCGCCCGAAAAGCCCGCCCUCGAAAAGCUGCGUUGCGUCCGGUCAGAUUUCACGGACCUCAACGAGAAGGAGACGUGGGUGUGGGGCCCGGGAAAGGACGAGCCGACUCGAGCGAGAUUAAUGUCUACAGCUCGAGACCAAGGAACAGGGUAA